AUGUCUCCAAUCGAGGUCAAGGCCGCAGAGAAGGCCACAGAGAAGGCCACAGCGGUAAAUUCUAUGAAAUUGCACAUUCUGGAAGUGCCCACCACACGCUUUACCGCAAGCGAAGUGAACGAGAAGAAGAAAAAUUCGCGAGAUGCCCAACCUGUUUUCAAGUCAGGCAACCGCAUAAGUUCUGAUGUGGAGAAUGAGCCGGAAAGCCAUUCUCCCGCCCAUCAAGUACGGAUUUAUCACUAA